UUCAAAUAGGUGCGACAACUUAUUUAACUUACUACAUUUCAUGGAAAACUUACUUAACUUACUAAAUUUCAUUCAAGGGAAAAAUGUUCUCUGUAAACUUUUCCCAAGUAGAAAAUAUAAUAGGCCUAUGUAUUAUAAUAGAUUUACAUUUGAAAGUUACAGUUGUUUAUCAUUCAACUUUCCUGGAAAAAGACACUUUAUGUUUCAGGUAAUUUAAAUGUCUAAAGCUCAUUUAAAUGCACAGAAAACGUUUUAACUAGCAUUGGUCCCUGUUCUGGACAUUUCUGGACAUUUUUUUAGCCCCUGCAAUCCCCCUAUCCCUAGUUUUUGCUGCAGACCAUACUUCCAGAUUUCUCUGGACUUCUCUCCUAAUAACACAUCAUGGAGUCAUCCGUCCUCCCCAUUUUUCCUGCUGGUGUGGUUCAGUCCCAGCUUUUCUCUGUGCUGCAGCUUUACCUGGAUGCUGCUAGAACAUCCCCCUGUGGGUGAGGGAGGGGUAUCUGCACGAGUCUUAACUGCGUUGUUUUUGGAUUACAUCACUAUAUCGUCAGAGGGUGAGCAGGCAAGAAGAGCACUAUCAAUCCGAAGUCUUUUCUCACAGCUGUCAGUCCUUAGCCAGACUGCAAAAAACUACACAAUCGAGAAAGACGACACCAGAGACUCAUUGACUGGUUUGAAUAAAGAACAAGGCAGCCCACUGCAGGACGACAGACAUCAUGACACAGGGCAAGCUGUCACUUGCAAACAAGUCCACCAAUGGCUCCCCAAGUGGACAGGCAUUAGUGUCCCCUGCUCCUCCCAGCUAUGAGGAAGCCACUGCAGGCACCAGUGCCCCUUGCUACAAUGAUGCAGAGAUGCUCACAGAGUUCACGUGGGAUGAUCGGAACAUCAGGAGGAUCUUCAUCCGUAAGGUGUACGCCAUCCUGAUGAUCCAGCUUUUGGUGACUCUUGCUAUUGUGGCUCUUUUCACUUUCUGUGACCCUGUGAAGGACUACAUUCAAACCAACCCAGGGUGGUACUGGGCCUCUUACGUAGUGUUCUUUGUUACAUACCUGACUCUGUCUUGCUGCUCUGCACCAAGGAGACAGUUUCCAUGGAAUCUGAUCCUGCUUGCAAUCUUUACCCUAUCCCUCUCCUACAUGACAGGGAUGUUGUCCAGCUUCUAUAACACCAAAUCAGUGGUGGUGUGUCUGGGCAUCACAGCAGCAGUCUGUCUCCUUGUCACAGUCUUCAGCUUCCAAACUAAGAUUGACGUGACAUCAUACCAAGGCGUGCUGUUUAUCUUCUGCAUGGUUAUGUUCAUCUCUGGACUGGUGCUUGCAAUCGUCCUUCCCUUUCAAUAUGUACCUUGGUUGGAUGCCACCUACGCUACCUUGGGAGCCAUACUGUUUACCAUGUUUUUGGCAUUUGACACCCAGCUCCUCAUGGGGAACAAGCGGUACACCCUGAGUCCAGAAGAGUAUGUCUUUGCCACUCUCAACAUCUACCUAGAUAUUGUCUACAUCUUCUCCUUCUUCCUCCAAAUCUUUGGAACAAAACAAGAGUAAACCAUCACCCUAGAUUUCUGGCCUACAGAGAAGGGAUGCACCAGUCUGGACAUUAAGCAGACCCAAUAAGAGUCGUAAAAUUUUGGUGAUUGUGGUGACAAAUCUUCUAAUUGUAACAGCUUUAUUUUUUGCCUGAUACUGAUACUGGUUGUGAAUAAUUUGUGAAUCUCUUGUACAAUUAAACAUGUACAUAGCCAGUAUCCACACCCAAGAUGUCAACAACCUUUCCCUCCUCUCUAGCAUGUUGUGGACCUAUACUAUACUUUGGGGCUAGUUUACCAGCUUUACCAGCUUAAAACAUUCAGUGGUCUUCCCCCAUUUAAUGUAGAUAAAACAUACUGUGAGUGUCCAUCUGAAGUCGUAUGGGUGUCUUCAUAUCCAUGCCUGCAUAGGUAUCACAAACAAUAGAUGCCAAUGCUCUUUAAGAGGUAUUUGAUCUUCAAUGCAUUAUGCAUGACUCUUAAAAACAGCAAUUGCUGUGGGUGUUGAUGUAGUGACUGAAAGCACAAAUGUACCUGUAAAACUUAAAGGUUUUUCCUGUGUUUUCAAUCAUAUGUGAUGUUGUCACAGUACUGUGCAAAACAAGAAACUCCUUCACUGUUAACAGUUUGUGGGUAGUUGACAUGGUUUUCUAGCUUUUCAAUGACAAUCUGAAAAAGUUAUUUAUUGGAUUUGCCUUGAUUUAUUACUUUGUAUGUGACGUGUUGAUGUUUGCUUAAUUUAACUAUUCAUUGUGUUCAAAUUAUUGCGGUGUUUAUUAUCAGUAUGUCAUUUGUCUUAUAUGUGUGUUUGAACCUGACUUCUUUUGAAUGAAGAUUAUUAGACAAGACUUUUCAUGAAAAAGUUUUUUUUUUUCAUGAAAACUACUUACUUUGGGCAAACCUUGACAUUAAAGUCUUUAGUCCUUAUAAUAUACUUAUUGAUUGGUUUGAAAUGGCAACACAAGAUAUUUAAUUAUAAACAUGACAGUGCCAUACAUGCAUGGGUUUACCGUAACUUUUGUGGAGGGACUCGAAUGCUAUAUUUCAUGACAUUUGAAGUUUAUUUUUCUAUGACAGAAUGAUAUAUUUCAGAAAGUGUGUGGUAUAAAAUGGUGAGUAUGAAGCUUGAAAUUAAUUUAGAAGUCGUCUAAAGUGGCCUUGGAAUACUACAUAUUUCGAUGACGUUGAUGCAGUGUAUUGUUUAACGAGCACCCUGCAUUUCAUUGUAGCAUUGGUGUUACAGUUUUAAAUUAUUAA